AUGAAAUUCUCUGCUUUGCUGGCAUUUUCGCUAUUUGCGCUCGGCGCACAGGCUUCGUGGUUCGGAUCCGACACCCCAACUUACCAGACUUGGGACACGAAGCAAUUGACGUCGUGGCUCAAGGAACAUAACGUACAAAUACCCAAGGGCACAACCUCUCAGAAAGAUCUGCAGGAGCUCGUCAAGUCCAACUGGGCUUCAACACAGGCCUUCACUGCCGAACAAUACGCCGGCGCGCAGAAGGCGUUCCAAAACCUGAAGGACUCCGCCUUCGACACCUGGGACGAGUCGACUCUUCGUCAGUUCCUCCUUGAGCAAGGCGUCGUCAACCCUUCUGGACCUCGCGAACAGCUUGUUCUUUUGGCUAAGCAACGGUAUAAGGACUACCAGAGCGCCGCCUCUUCGCUUUCGUACCAGGCUUCGACUGGCGUCUAUGGAUCGCCGGCUUACCAGGCCACGCAGUCCAUCAGCUCCGCCAUUGCGGCAGCGACGAACACUGUCGGGCGCCAGCUCGACGACUCGAAGGACUACGUCUACUCGUCGUGGGACGAUAACCGGCUGAGGACGUUUUUGGAGGAGAAGGGCGUGUUGAAGACGAAGCAGGAGGCGACCAGGGAUGAGAUGCUGAAGAUGAUGAAGGAUUCGUAUGCGAAGGUCACUGACCCCGUGUGGAAUGCCUGGUCUGACUCUUACCUCAAUGAAUGGCUGUAUGAACACCGCGUCUAUCCCCACAACGACGUUCCUCCUCCCCGCCCGACCCUCGCUGAGCGCAUGAAGAACUACUACUACGACAGCACCACGCAUGUAUGGGAUAGCUGGACCGACUCUGAGCUCAAGGCUUGGCUUGUCGAACACAACAUCAUCAAGAGUGACGCCCAGAUCAAGCGCGAGAAGCUCCAGAAGCUCGUCGGCGACAACUACUCGCACGCUGAGGAUGUUGCCUGGGCUUCGUGGCGCGACUCUGACAUUCGCGCAUGGUUGGUCUCCAACGGCUACCUCUCCGACGACGAGGCCUCCAAGAUGAGCCGUGAGCAUCUCGUGAAACUCAUCAACACUAAGUACAAGGACUCCAGCGCCAAGGCUAGCGCAUACCUGGUCUGGCCUGAUGCCCGUCUCCGUGCUUACCUCCGCGAGCACGGUGUCUCUGAGGACGCUCUCCCCACUACUCGUCCCGGUCUCCUUCAGGAAGUCCGUAUCCGCUAUGUCCAGGCUUCUACCCGCACCGAUGAGUUCAUCCAGCGCAUUCGCGAUAGCUUGAACUCUGGCAUUCACAUCGCCGAGGACAAGCUCGCUCAGGUCGUCGACCUCCUUUCUGGCUCUACCGAGCGCGCCAAGGAACGUGCGGCCGACAAUGUAGAUUGGGCGACGUCCAAGGGUGCCAAGGGUACAGCGACCGUCAAGUCCGCCGCCGCUGAGGCUUCCGUCAAGGCCAAGUAUGACCUGUGAUUUGUCGUCGUUGUUGUCGUUCAGUUGUCGUAACUCGAAGUUUGAAUCUUUGCUGUCGAAUGCUACCUCUUCAUCCUCAUCCUCCCUCCCCCCUUCCUUCCCCACCUACCGACCAUCAUCAUCUGCGCUCCUCGUUUCAUGACCGUAACGAUUCACGGACUCGGACCGGGCAUCAUUCUUGUACCAGUACCAUAGUAAACCCUCUAGCUUCUUAGUACUUCUCGCCAACUUCUAUGAUAUCGGCCUGUAUAUUUAGUUACCUAGUCUGGUGGAUGUUGGGAUUUGGAUUGCUGCUACGUUGCACUGA